CUGAAAGUUGGCAUAGCCUUAAGCAACUUGGGACUGGAAUCUGCGUAGUGGCUUGGUGACUUUGCAGUAUAUCCAGGUAGGAAUUAACAUCUAGCAGGUAUGAUCGCUAAUCUGUAUCAUCUAUCUAGUUCGAUAAGAAUCUCGUGAUGAGCUCGAGCACUCCAUACUUGGACGCAUUGUCGAAACACUUUCCAGCGGAAUGCUCGUCCAUCAUAGAUUCCCUGAGUUCCGAGCAUACCCGCUCUACUGUGGACACGCUAUUUGCAUUUGCGUUUGGCGGUGAUUGGUGGGCACGAGAUCAACCUGCCGCCAUGAGGGCGAUUCAAGACCUGGCUGUACAGAAAGGCACAAAACGCGGGCGAGCAGCCAGCACUGAUGAAGAAGGCCGCCCAAAAACUACGGAUGUAGACGACCGGCCCAUUUUUACACUCCCUUCGAUAUCCACGACCUCGCCUGUUCGCAAAAAAGUUGACAUCACGAUUCACGAAAAAACGAUACGCUUUAUAAAUCCUUCAUCUCGUGUGGUUGAGGCAUCAAUCCCAAUUUCUAAUAUUUCACGAACAUUCCUGGUACCAACGCGCGGAAAAGCAAAGCAGCAUUGGACAGUCGUCAUGCUAUCCAACGAUGUACCUGGAAAGGGUAGGGCCACAACUUCUAACCCACACCAAAUAAUAUUUGGACUUGACGCUAUAAGCGCCUCUAAAUUCGACACUACCUUCCUACUCCGGCUCCUCCACUCCAUCCACGCCUCGGCAACUGUAUUCCGUAGCGCGUGUGCCACUUCUAAAUCAGGACAUUGCGCCGCCGGUAUUGAUGCCUAUUUUGCCGCCAAACCUGGAACUCUAUGGUUUUUCGAUUCAGGAAUUCUCUGGGGAGAGAGUAAACCAUGCGAGUUCUGGGCCGUUGGUGAUCUCGUCCCAAAAGAUGGUAUUCGCAUGAUCAGUGCCACGGGGCGCACGUGUUCCGUUAUCCUAGGGAGAAAGAUAUCGCCGUCUGGUGAAGAGCACAACGAUAAAGAGAAUGCAGAGGGAGACAUUCUCGAGACGGAGUUCUCCAUGGUGGACGGGAGAGAACAAGACCCCAUCAAUGCGUGGGCGAGACAGCGGAAACACCUGUUUGGCAAAGGUUCCGAUCCACCUCCCCCCAAAGCCACAAGUGGUAAGAAGGCAACGACUGAGGAGGGACCGUCUAUUGGCGGUAACACUGCUACCAAUGGUCCCGCGUGGGAUGACUCAGACUCGGACGAUGAGGACUACGAGAUUGCAUCGUCGGAAGAUAUUGAUAAUAGCAGCUCGUCAGAUUCAGAAGCGAGCGACGUCGGGAGCGGUAGCCAACCUGAUGAUGGUUCGGAGGAGGAAGACAACCGUGGAAGUGAUGCCAACGACGGCGAAGAGAGUGGCGAGGAGUCUGAGGAAGAGCUUCAAGAAGCACAUCAUCCUCUCUUGCGACCGGGCGCUAUGCCUAGGAUGUCCAAAGCGACCAUCAAUACAGUCGUAGACAUGGUGAAUGAGGAUUGGAUAGAAGGCAGCGAGGAAGAAGACGAGCUCGAUGAUUCAUAGCUAGAGCACGACAUCAAUAUGCUUCAUUACCAGUGCGAUAAGCGGCGGCAUUGUGGCAAAUCGUGGUUUCGAGUCUUGGGGCUCGACGGUAAAUAAGCAACACAUCCCAUUCAUAAAUUCAUACGUUGGCCAAAGCGACCAA